UCGCGGAGUGAAGGGAACGCAGAGCGCAUCGUAGGUGUCGACGAAAUUCAGGCGACGGAAAUCGUAGCCGGACUUGUUGUACCGGUCGCUGGAAGCUAGAUGAAGCCGCUGUUGGAGCACUAUUACAUGGGAGUGCAUGAGGUCGCUCCGAAUGGCGGAGCAGUUAAGCCGUUGCCCUCUUCUUCUGUCGAUGGAGGGGUGGCAGAUGUGAAGGGAGAGGACAUCGGGCUGAAUCUGAAGGAGACGGAGCUCAGGCUUGGGCUUCCUGGAUCGGAUUCACCGGGGCCGAUGGACAGCAUUGGGCUUAGUCUCGGUAUACAAAUGGGUUUUGUUGCUGGAGCUAAAAGCGUGUUUACUGCUGCAACAGAUGGGGCUGUUCUGUUGGGUCUGUCUUGUGGGAGUCGAACCGAUAGAGAGAAGCUUUGCUGGCCGAUGGCGGAGGAUGUUGGUCCGGUCGGGAAUCCUGUUGAGAAGGAGAAUAAUGCUGUGGAUCGCGCGAUCCUCAAUGCUGCUAAGGCCCAGGUAGUUGGAUGGCCCCCUAUUAAAAACUACCGGAAGAAUACUAUGGCUAUCAACCCAGCGAAGAACAAGGAAGAGGGUGAAGGGAAAGCAGGCAUGCGAUGUUUGUUUGUGAAGGUGAGUAUGGAUGGUGCUCCAUAUAUGAGGAAAGUUGACCUCAGAACAUACUCGAACUACGAAGAGCUGUCCUUAGAAUUGGGGACAAUGUUUUGUAGCUUUACUAUUG